CUUCUCUUUUGCUUGUUGGCGUGUAAUAUUCAUCAAGUGUGUCGAUUCUCUUUGGGAUACCAGCUGGUUGGUUGGAUCAGCGGCAUGAUAAUCCAACUAAGGGCUUGAAGAUUUAGAGGCUUUGCCUUCCAGUCUCAGCGGAUCUACCCAUACUUGUUUCAACCAUUAUGUUGUUUAUUGGAUAUGAUUCGUCUAACGUUAGUGAUAUUUUUUUUAUGUUCUUAAGAGAAAUGUCUCUUUUUUUGGGCAUGUGUUCCUCCUAUCGGAGAUAAAGCUUUUGUCUAAAGAAUUUUUGUCUCUGCCAAGGUUUAUAAGUCAGAAUCAAUCUACUUUCAUUCAUUAAGGAGAGACUUCUUAUGGAGAAUGUUUUACUAGCUACAGAGCUAGUAAAGGAUUACCAUAAAGACUAUAUCUCCAAGGUGCUCAAUGAAGAUCGAUAUAUCAAAGGGUUACUAAUUCUGUCCAAUGGAAUUUCCUGCUGAACACGCUUGAGGCACUUCACUUCCCGAAGAGAUUUAUUCACUGGAUUAGAUUGUGUGUCUCCACGGCUUCUUUUUCAGUACAAGUCAAUGGAGAUCUUGCAGGGUUUUUUCGAAGUGAGCGGGGGAUAAGACAGGGCUGUGCUUUAUCUCCUUAUUUUUUUAUCACAUGCAUGAGUGUUUUAUCCCGUUUGAUUGAUAUCACAGCAGCUAAUGGCAGGAUUGGGUAUCAUCCUAAAUGCAAAACUAUACAGCUUACACACCUCUAUUUUGCUGAUGAUCUAAUGGUGUUCAUUGAUGGGACCAAACGAUCAGUAGAAGGAGUCAUGAGGAUCUUUGACGAGUUUGCAGUCUUAUCUGGGUUGAAGAUAAGUAUGGAGAAAUCCACUCUUUAUUUGGCAGGGGUUCAGAUCGAAAUAGAGAGGAAAUCCCAGAGAGAUUCCCAUUUGCGACAUGGCAGCUACCCGUUCGGUAUCUUGGGCUUCUGCUACUAAGUAAGGGUAUCACAAGGGCAGACUAUACACCGCUGAUUGACAGAAUCAAAGCCAGAAUAAGCUCAUGGAAAUUUUGGUUCCUAUCUUUUGCGGGGAGACUACAAUUGCUUAGCUCAGUGAUUGCAAGUCUGAGCAAUUUUUGGAUGACGGCGUACAGACUUCCGAGUGCCUGUUUUAAGGAGAUAGAAAAAAUAUGCUCAGCAUUUCUAUGGUCUGGUCCGAGUCUCAACCCGAAGAAGGCUAAAGUAGCAUGGGAGGUGGUAUGUAGGCCACAAUGUGAGGGAGGUUUGGGUCUGAAAGUUUUAAAAGAGGUGAAUAAGAUUUCAUGUCUGAAACUAAUAUGGAAGAUUUUUUCAUCCUGUGAGUCUUUGUGGGUUAAAUGGGUUCACAGCACUAUCAUCAACAACCAUUCCUUAUGGUAUUUAUAGGAAACAUCGAGUGGGGGUUCAUGGAUGUGGAAAAAAAUUCUUAAAUUCAGAGAGGAAGCGAGGGGAUUUCAUAAGGUGGAGAUCAAAGAUGGUUAUAGUAUUUCUUUCUGGUAUGAUAAUUGGUCCCCUUUAGGAAGGAUUUUGGACCAUACGGGAGUGAGAGGGACAAUAGACAUGGGAAUAAUUGGACUUCAAGCCACUCUAGCUGAGGUUCUUAGUUCACGCAGGAGACACCACAGAGCUACAAUUCUCAACAACAUCGAACGAGAAAUAGCAACUCGAACUCAGGCUGGUGUAAGAGACGGAAUGGAUAUCUCAUUAUGGAAACAUGCAGGAGAUAAUUACAUCAGACGAAGAUACCCGAAGAAUGACUGGUACAAAGGCGUUUGGUUUCAUCACUCGACGCCAAAAUACGCUUUUCUGACCUGGAUCGCUAUUCAGAACCAGUUGUCUACGGGUGAUCGGAUGAAGCAGUGGAAUGCAGGCCAACAACAUGCCUGUGUUUUGUGUCAAAACGGAGUCGAGGAAACGCGACAACAUUUGUUCUUCUCGUGUAUCUUCUCCUCUGAGGUAUGGAAAGUUCUGGUUGCUCGCCUUCUUGGACCUGAAUACACAACGACUUGGGAGGAUCUUAUCACUCUGCUACACAGCUCUAGACUGGGUCACCUUUUAUACACUUUCCAAGCUACAAUCUAUUAUAUAUGGAGGGCACACAAUGCUCGUAGACACGGGGACAAUCCACUCUCAACAUCCCGGCUUGUUAAACUUGACAAGACUGUUCGUAACCGCAUAACUACCAUUAGAAGAAAGGAGGAUCGAUCAUACGAUGAGCUAAUCGUGUGGUUUUCUACCCGUCCACCUGAGCAUCUAUUACGAAUGGUUUUCAGAAUCUUUUAA